AUGAGCAGCAGUUGUUUCUUUCAUCUGUUUCGAUUUUUGUUUCUUCUGUUUUUCUGUCUGUUUCUUCCUCUCCUGGUCAAACUACCCUUCCUUCUUAGUGAUAGAGACAGACAUAGAGAGAAACUUGCGCUCUUUAACUCAAGCACCAGAGACAAGCGCUAUCUCUCUCUCUUUCUCUCUCUCUCCCACCCAUUCCAGACUGGCCUCUUCUACCACCCACUUACGAUUCAGAUAUAUGCGCUCUCUUACUCUCUCUAUCACCUACUUCGGCUCCAGACACAGGCGCUCUCUAGCACCCACGCCCGCUCCAGACAUAAGCGUUCUUUUUCUACUUUUACAGCCAACUACCGCUCCAGACACAGACACAGGCGCCCUCUGCCACCCACUCCCGCUCCGGACAUAGGCGAGCGUGCGCGCGCUUUCUACUUCCCAAUCCCACAAAAAAUACAGGCGUUCUUUUUCUCUCGCUUUAAAAUCCAUUGCUGCUCCAGACACAAGAACUUUCUCGCUCUCUACCGCCCAUACCACAUACCGGCGCUCUCUGCCAGUUUCUCCAGACGCAGGCUCCCUCGCCCUCCUCUCCCGCGAAAUACAGGUUCUCGCGCUUUCCCGCCUCAGACACAGGCACUUUCCCCCCUCUCUCCCUCUCUUUCUGGGAAACACACUUCCGCCUUAGACACAAGCUCUAUCACUCUCUCUACCACCUACUUCGGCUCCAGACACCGGCGUUCUCUCUUUCUGCCAUGCACUCCAGACACGGGCCCUCAGUCUUUCUGCAAUCCGCUCCAGACAUCGGCGUUCUCUGUCAAUCUUUCCAGACAUAGGCUCUCUCAGCCUCAUUUUCCCUCCAGACACAGUCUCUCUCGCGCUGUCUCUCUCUCGUGA